AUGACUUGGUGUAUAGAUCCAUUGUGCCUAGUCUGGGCUCUCCUGUCCACUGCGUUGUCGCAGUUAUGGGUCACGCAAACAUUCUCUAUCAUAGGCCGUCAUUGA